AUGUUUCCCAAUAUGAUUCAAAUCAAGACAGCUGCCCUAGCUAUGCUUUUCGCUACCCAAGUGCUUUCCGGGCCGGUUGAAUCCCGACAGGCCUCUGUGAGCAUUGAUGCCAAAUUCAAGACUCACGGGAAGAAAUACCUUGGAAACAUUGGUGACCAGGGCACCUUGAACAAGAAUGAAAAGACCCCGGCAAUCCUCAAGGCUGACUUUGGCCAAGUGACUCCGGAGAACAGUAUGAAGUGGGAUGCUACUGAGCCAAACCAAGGACAGUUCUCCUUCACAGGGGCUGACGAGUUGGUCGACUUUGCCGAGUCAAAUGGGAAACUGAUCCGCGGCCAUACUCUCGUGUGGUACUCUCAGCUCCCAUCUUGGGUCUCUUCUAUCUCAGACAAGACAACCUUGAUCGAUGUUAUGAAGAACCACAUUACCACGGUGAUGAAGCAAUACAAGGGUAAAAUCUAUGCCUGGGACGUUGUAAACGAAAUUUUCGAAGAGGAUGGCUCCUUCCGCGAUAGCGUCUUCUACAAUCUCCUUGGAGAAGACUUUGUGCGGAUCGCUUUCGAAACAGCUCGUGCUGCAGACCCAGCUGCGAAGCUUUACAUCAACGACUUCAACCUGGAUUCCGCCUCUUCCACUAAAUUGACUGGCAUGGUUAGCCAUGUUAAAAAAUGGGUUGCUGCCGGUGUCCCAAUUGACGGAAUUGGAACCAAGGAGGUCGCUAUCACCGAGCUUGACAUUGCUGGCGCUGACUCCACCGACUAUGUGAAUGUUGUCAAAGCUUGCCUGGACCAGCCGAAGUGUGUCGGAAUCACAGUUUGGGGAGUUUCUGACUCGGAUUCGUGGCGCUCCGAAUCGAGCCCAUUGCUUUUCGACGGAAAUUACAACCCCAAGGCUGCGUAUGACGCCAUCGCAGAUGCCCUCUAG